UUUGGUGUCUGUGAAAGCACAGCCAGCUCAGCGUUCACCACACGGGUCAAGCUGAUGGCCAAAGAACUCGAUUGGCUGAUUUCAUGGUCAGACAGAAAAAUAAUUCAGAGGGACUUGUCAUCCACGUUUAGAAAGUAUUAUCUUAAAUAUCGUGUCAUCAUUGACUGUACAGAAUUGUUUGUUGAAACCCCAUCAAGUUUAGAAGUUGCAGCGAUGUGCUGGUCAAACUAUAAACAACACUAUACAGCCAAUUUUUUAAUUGGCAUUACCCCAAAUGGUCAUAUUUCAUUUGUAGCUGAAACUUAUGGGGGCAGGGCCAGUGAUGUUUUCAUAGCAGUGAACAGCAAAUUCUGUAACAAGCUGCAGCCUAAUGACCAAGUGAUGGCAGAUCAUGGCUUUAAGAUCAAUAACCUACGUGCUUUUCAUCAGUGUUCACUGAAAAUACCACCAAGCAAACAUGGAGACUUGCAGAUGUCAGCAUCAAAUGUCCAGGAAACUUCUAUCAUUGCAAGUGUUAGAAUUUAUGUUGAGCAAGCAAUCAAAAGCAUAAGAGAUUUUUAUAUCCUAAAGAAAGAACUACCUGUUAGCUUGUUGCCAUUACUAGAUGACAUUGUAGUUGUGUUUUCUGCUUUCUGUAACCUGAAAAAAUAUUUGACCCAAGACAUAUAG